AGGGCAGACAGUAACUCUGUAGAAUGUAGGCUUGUUCUGAGCACGCUCCAACUCUCCCAACUAUCAAACACACACGCACAGAACACCCACAGGUAUCUGCAGCUUAUCAGCUACCCCAAUGCAGGUGACUACUGGAUUAAAAAAGUACACUUGUUCCCAAAUGGAACAAAGACCAAGAAAAAUGCAACCUAUAAUCAUACGCACACAAGUGGACUUUCCAUAAAGAAAGAAAACAGAAUUUCAUCACCUGAAGGAGAGAGAGAGAUUUGUCUGAACGUUAUGUGUGAAGAGCCUUGGGUCAGCAGAUAGGAAAGAUCCCCAGCAGAAAAGGCCAGAGAGUAGUGUUUCAAGACUUGCACACUGUCUCUCCACCAAGGAAAAGCAGCCCAACCAAGAUGGUUCUGUGACGCAACACCCCGCCUUACGUAAAAGAUCACAGAGCUUUGAUUGGUCUUCCUCCCCCAAGAUGACACAGCAAAUACGGGAUAUUUAUCCAACUCAGGGGAGGAAGCUGGGGACACCACCUUCCCCAAAUGCAGCCAAGAGACUGUAUCGGAACUUAUCAGGAAAGUUUAGAGUGGCAUAUUCCUUUGACGAGGGCAAUCUGAUGGGCAGAAAUGAGAAGCUAAGAAAACCUUAUAUGGUCUCUUCACAGUUCCAUAGCAGUGAGACUCUUUUUGAAGCAGUGGAGAGGCAGGAGUUGGAUCUGGUGCAAGUUCUCUUGAAGCAGUACACUCCUGAAGAACUUGAUCUGAAUACUCCCAACAGUGAAGGUCUCCUGCCACUGGAUAUUGCCAUUAUGACCAACAAUGUACCAAUGGCAAAAAUGCUUCUGGAAGCUGGUGCUAAAGAGAGCCCACACUUUGGAAGUUUGGAGAGUCGCACAGUUCACUUAGCCACACUUGUACGGGAAGCAGAGCAACGGGUCAAUGAGCUUACAGCACAGGUUGUAAAUGAAGCCCUCAACACAGACUGUUCUGAGAAAGAGAAGCAGCUGAAAGCCUGGGAGUGGAGGUAUCGGCUCUACAAGCGGAUGAAAGCAGGAUUUGAGCAUGCUCGGACACCAGACCCUCCUACAAAUGUCCAUCUUUUUGUCACUGACAGCACCAGCUUGCAAGUAUCCUUCCAAGAGCCUCUCAGUGUAAACUCUGCUGUUGUCACCAAGUAUAAAGUUGAGUGGAGCUGCUCAUCUUCAUUCAGUCCCAUUGUUGGAGAGGCAGUGAUAAGUCAUUCACAAAUUCUUCAAUAUGCAAUUACUGGGCUACAACCUGGCACUCCAUACUAUGUACGAGUAUCAGCAUUCAACAUGAAAGGCUGGAGCUUACCAGAAAAUACUGUUCCUGCUUGUGCUGUGCCAUCAAACUGGAGAGAAUAUGAUGGAAGAAUACCACGACGUAGAGGACAGACAGAUGCUCUGGAUCAACUUUUGACACAGGUCAAGGCUGCCCAUCAAAACUGCAUUUGCCAUGAAAGCUGCAGGAAUCAGUCACAAGCCAGAAAACAUUCUGUAUCCAAGAGCCUGAAACACCUUUUUCAGCCUACAACCAAGUUUGUUAAAGCUCUCAAAAGGGGCUUGUACCUCACAUCCAUAUUCUACAAAGAUGACAACAUAUUAGUUACUCAGGAGGACCAGGUACCAGUCGUUGAGAUGGAUGACUCCUACUCUUGUUCUUUAAUGCAGGAUUUCCUGUGGUUUACAAAGGUGUCGUGUAUGUGGGAUGACAUCAGGUGGUUACGACAGUGUGUCACUUCUACCCAGUCAUCUUGUUCCUGUGUCUUGCAGGCUCGCUAUAAGAUGCUAAUGGCAGUUUCACAGAUGCAGGAUCUGCUGGGAAAUCAUGAACUGGGAGAGGUGUACUUUGAGCCAAUCAAGGACAAGCAUGGCAAUGUUCUUUUCAUCACCAUGCAUGAAGUGCAGCUGAACCAGACACUAGAGAAUGUGCAUUGGACAUUAAUCUCCAAGUUGCAGAGUCAGAGGAAGUCCAUUUCAACGCCUGAAGAACCCACAGCACUGGAUAUGCUUCUCAUCACACUUCAGGAGAAACUUAUGUACCACAAAAGACUGAAGCAGAGCCUUUCCCCAGGACUGUAUCUUGGUUAUUUGAAGUUGUACAGCUCUUUUGACCAAAUCCGAGUUUUGGUGCCCCAGAGAUUACCCAACAUCCUUUGCCAUAUCAAGAUUCGCAACAAUUACAAUGUCUCCAGGGAUGAGUGGGAAUGGUUACAGAAUCUGAACAACAUGAAGGAGUCUCUGCCCACAGAUCAGGAUCUUAAGAGUUCUCCCAAUUUCCUGCAGGAUCUUAAAGUAGCUGUUAAGGAUCUAAUGAGUCAAAUUAACAUUCUUCCCCAUCAGGCCAAAUACUUUCGACUUUAUAGCCAAGAAGUGCUGGAGUUUGGGAAUCAUGUUUCAUUUUUGUUGCUGUUACCACCAUCUGAUGACGUAUGCACUGCCCCUGGUCAGAAUAACCCUUAUACUCCACAUUCUGGCUUCCUCACACUGCCACUUCAGAUAUUUGAGUUAGUUCACUUUUUUACCUAUGACAAUGAGUUUGCCAGUCACUACUGCCGAGUGUCUGCAUUAUUGGAACUGGAGUCACUAUUAUCUCAACAGAACCUGAGGGAAGCCUUCUCAGAUUCCGAGCUGGUGGCUGCAAAAAAGAGACACCAGCAGGUUCAGGAUUAUAUGCAGCAACUGGAAGAGAUCUGGCGUGAGAUGAGGUGGAUCAUGGAUGCCCUUCAGUGUGCGAGGUAUAAGCAGCCUGCUGGAGGAAUCCCCUUAACCUGCAUGAUCAGGUGUUUUGAAGAACCUUUGAAUGAGAAGUCUCAGUCAACCUCAUCUCAUCUGGAUUUUGUUCCCUCUCCAAGCCCUUCUCCUGAAACUGUUUGGAAGCAGAACUCAGAUUCCCAUGGCAUCUCCGAUGAAGAAGGUUCUUCAGAGGUCUUCCUUGCUACAGAUAGUGAUUAUGAUUCCAGCAGGGCUCAAAGCCCAAAAGAACUGGACUUGAUUUACUGCUCAGGACCUGAGUGCAGUAGGGUACAUUCCCAUAGUCUGCGAGACAGUGCUCCGGAUGUGCUACAGGUUCAUGAGCAGAAGUGUGAGCAUCCUGAGGAGCAGCGCCUGCCGGAACUUUAUGACAGUGAGUUUGUGCUUCCAAGCAGACAAAUUGAACUUCUUCAUAUCACAGAGAAAAGACAGGCUUACUGUGUUCGUACUUGCAGCCUUGACUUUCCCAAGCAGCCAUUCCAGCUGCCAAGAAAAUGUUGGUCACGGCCUGGUUCUGUUGAUAGCUACCCCCCAGAGGCAAAGGCACAUGGGCAAUGUGCUUCCAGUCGACUCCAGUCCUGCACCGGCUUUAGCCCAGACAAUGUCUUACCUCUCAGCACUUCGCAGCUAGGUAACAAAGCACAAUCUGAGGAAUGGACAUCCUGCUUCCUGGACCAAUUUGAGAAGGAAAGCCCACAGAAUGAUGGAAAGAAGAGUAAUGCAAUGCUUUUACGGGUCUAUCCACAGUACCAAACAGGGCUUUCCAAGGAAACUAGUGUUAAGCUCCAUAUUACUAACAACACAACUGCACGGGCAAUCAUUCGUCUUGUGGUGGGCGAGAUGAACGAGGUCUCUAGGAGUGUGCUGGGAGACUUGGAAGCUUAUGUUUAUGAGGAGAACCAGUUAGAUCAAUUUGGACUGGUCUUUGUUAGUGACAACCAUGAACGGUGGCUUUCAGAUGACUUCCAUCCAUACACCCUUCAGAACCCAUGGACUAAAGGACGUUUGUGUGUUCGAAUAAAAGAAUUCACACCUGUGUUACUCCAAUAUGGACCUGCCACUACUGUAUGAACAUCCCAGUCUCCCUUUUCAAGUGGACUUGCACUUCACACACACUUCCUUUCUAAUGGCAUGUUCAAUCAGAGUGGACUUUAGGAAGGCUGAAUUCUGUCUUAUCACCAAAGACCCCAACUGCAAAGAAGAGGGGACUGGAAAAGAAAAUAAGAGAGCAAAGCUGAAGGGACAUAAACUUUUACCAUUAUAAAUAAAGCAAUACAUUUGAUCCAUCCUAAUUUUCUCUGGCAUUUCGCCUUUUCUUUUGGAAUGGACAGAAAUGACACUUUAUCAAAAUUUAUUGGUGUGUUUUGUCAGGAAUUGCUGAGUGCAUCAAAUACUUUAAUAUACACAAGGAAUGCAACAUGUGUGUCAUUAUUCUUCCCUGACAGUAACUCCAAGAACUUCCAUUUUUUCCUUCAGUAACUUCAGGAGAUGAGAGGCAAGUAUGGCUAUGCAGAAAAAAAGGAGCUAACAAUGGACUUGUUGCAGUGUUUUUAUACUGACUUGUUAACAAUGUUUUUGUA